AUGGCCCGAGCUUCUGGGGAGCAACAGGUACAGUCGGCCCUGAAGGCUACUGAGGAGCAACAUGUACAGUCGGCCCUGAAGGCAGCCGAGGAGCAACAUGUACAGUCUGCCCUGAAGGCUACUGAGAAGCAACAGGUACAGUCUGCCCUGGAGGCUGCAGAGGAGCAGCAUGUACAGUCUGCCCUGAAGGCUACUGAGGAGCAACAAGUACAGUCAGCCCUGGAGGCUACUGAAGAGCAACAUGUACAGUCUGCCCUGGAGGCUACUGAGGAGCAACAUGUACAGUCGGUCCUGAAGGCUGCUGAGGAGCAACAUGUACAGUCUGCCCUGGAGGCUGCAGAGGAGCAACAUGUACAGUCUGCCCUGGAGGCUACCGCUUCUGGGGAGCAACAUGUACAGUCUGCCCUGGAGGCUACUGAGGAGCAACAUGUACAGUCGGCCCUGAAGGCUACCGAGGAGCAACAUGUACAGUCUGCCCUGGAGGCUACUGAGGAGCAACAUCUACAGUCUUCCCUUGAGGCUACUGAGGAGCAACAUGUACAGUCGGCCCUGAAGGCUACUGAGGAGCAACAUGUACAGUCUGCCAUGGAGGCUACUGAGGAGCAACAUCUACAGUCGGCCCUGAAGGCUACUGAGGAGGGACAUGUACAGUCUCUCCUGGUGGCUACUGAGGAGCAACAUCUACAGUCUUCCCUGGAGGCUACAGUAGAGCAACAUGUACAGUCUGCCCUGGAGGCUACUGAGGAGCAACAUCUACAGUCUUCCCUGGAGGCUACAGUAGAGCAACAUGUACAGUCAGCCCUGGAGGCUGCUGAGGAGCAACAUGUACAGUCUGCCCUGAAGGCUACUGAGGAGCAACAUGUACAGUCAGCCCUGGAGGCUACUGAGGACCUACAUAUACAGUCUGCCCUGAAGGCUACUGUAGAGCAACAUGUACAGUCUAUCCUGGUGGCUACUGAGGAGCAACAUCUACAGUCUUCCCUGGCGGCUACUGUAGAGCAACAUGUACAGUCUGACCUGGAGGCUACUGAGGAGUAA